AUGUCAACGCAUAAAAAAACAAAUAAAAAUAAACAACAACUUAAAAUUGAUAUAACGAGUGAUAAUAUUUGUCGUGAAGAAAACUUAUCAGAAAUUAUUGAAAUAGGUAAACAAGAAGGAAUUCAUUUUUCAUGUGGAGGUCAAAUUGGUUCAACAUUUGAUUCACAUCGUCUUCUUUAUUAUGUUAAACAAGAAGAAAAUGAACAAGAUUUAUCUGAUCAUAAAAUUUUAAUUAAAUUAGCUGAAGAAAUUGGUUUUGAUUCAAAUAAAAUAAAAGAAUUUCUUCAAUCUGAUCAAUAUAAAAAAGAAGUUGAACAAGAAAUAAAUCAAAGUCGAGAAGGAGAUAUAUCUCGUGUACCACAUUUUCGUAUUAAUGAUCGAAUUGAACUUAGUAGAGCUCAACAUCCACCAAUAUUUAUUCAAGCUUUUAGAAAAGCUGGUCUUCAAUUUAAAACUAAACAAGUUAAUUCCUAUAUUUAUUUCUGA